CUAAAAAAAUUAUUUAAGGAUGAAGAAAGAAGAUCUUUUUUUAAAGCCUUGAAGAUAGAGAUUUUAAGAAAUAGCCAAAAGAGAAAUCUCUCACCAUUUUGAUUGAUAGAAUUAGAGAGAAGAAAGACCGAAGAACAGAACAGGGUCUCUCUCUCUCUCUCCCUCUUUCUCUAAAAAAGUCUCAGAUUUUUUUCUCCCUUUAGGAUUUUUUUUCAAAGUAAUCAGAAUAAAAAUUUCCUCUUCAGCACAAAACCCUGAGAUUUUUGCGAGCAUCUGUGUGUAGUGACGACACUCAUAUCUCGUUUUCUAGGUGGUGCCAAAAAUGGGUGCGCAGAUUAUACUCUGUGAUGGCUUCGAGGUGGUUCCUCCGCCGGAGAUGAACGAUUUGAUUUUCUUCGGAAGCGACCAAUCUGUGUCUAACUGCGAUGUAUCAACUGUCACCACCGAAGAAGACGGCACUGUUUUUUCCGGCGAUAGUUCGCCGGGACUUGCGGCUGAAGAGGAAUGGCCUGAAGCUAAGCAUUUCUCUUUCUACUUUGUUAAACAACCGGUUUAUGAUGAUCCUGAGAUCAAAUCUAAGAUUGAUGAAGCUGAUCAGGAGAUUUAUCGCUGUAAUAAGCUCCGUAUCAAUGUCUCCACUGCACAAAAACUCGAAAGGGCUGAGCUUUCGUCUUUGUUUGCUCAAAUGGAGGGUUUGGUUCCUACAUCAGAAGGAUAUAGAUUGGUUUUUGAAACAAAGAAGAGGGAAUUUGAUACUCUACAGGAAGCUCUACGGAACCUUCGGUGUUCUAGUAGGAGUGAUCAGCUUUGCUUUACAAAAGAGGAGCUCGAUCAUCUUGUAUAUAUAGCUCAUUAUCAGAUUGAACAUGGUAGCAUUGGUUUGGAAGAUAAAGAUUGGGUGCUUAAGGAUGUUGAGAAGCCUGAUGGGAUAGUUCUAAGCGAGGAAUCUCUUGCGCAGAAAGAAGCUUCUAUUAACCGUGUCAAGUCAAUAGCUGUGGAAUUGUAUGAAGUAAAGAAGGAGCUCGAUGCGAUUACAUGGAAUAUUAGCCAGUUGUCUGACAAAAUGGGGAAGCUUCAGAACAAUAUCAGGAUGUUGGAUUUAGAAAUGGCACAACUACUUGAGAAGAGGGACAAAUCGUAUGCAAGGAUUAAGAUGCUGAGGAUACAACGAGACAAAGGGAAUGCUGCCUUUUUCCAGAGCCAUGCUGUUAUGAGGAAAGCUAAAGAAUUGGCUGCUUCUGGAAAUGUUAGAGAUCUUGAAGUGUUUGCCAGCUCUGAGGUUGAUAAAUUCAUGACUCAUUGGAAUGGUGACAAGGCUUUUAGGGAUGAUUACGUGAAAAGAAUCUCUCUUUCACUCUGUGAAAGACAGCUGAACCGUGAUGGCCGGAUUAAAGAUCCUGAAGUUCAGGUUGUUCGGGGAAAGCAAGUGCUGAGUAAGACUAUGAUGAUGGGAGGCGAGAAGGUUUACAAGGCGAGUAGAGAAGACUCCAGCUCCAACUCGUCUCAAGAUGGAAAUGUAAUUACUGACAAACGAAAGAAAGAAACGAGGAAAGAGGCUGUGGAUUGCAGCAACAGGUCGAGUGCUGAGGAAAGCGAUGUUAUAGAUUUGGAGUUCCCGGUGUAUGAGAUACCAAAGAAGGAAGAAGAAGAUGUCGAUGAAGAAACGUUGAAGGAGAGGAAAAGAGAAGAGCAGUUAGAGAAAGCUCGGUUAGCGAUGGAAAGGAAGAGGAAGCUGCAAGAGAAAGCUGCUGCUAAAGCUGCUAUAAGAGCUCAAAAGGAUGCUGAGAAGAAACUCAAGGAGUGUGAGAAGAAGGCGAAGAAGAAAGCUGCUGCAAAUUCUUCUUCUUCUCCUUCAGAAUCAGACCAAUCACGAGAAGUGAUCAAUGAGCUGGAAAAGGUUAGGACGUUAACAGCUUCAGGGAAAGAGAAGCACCAGAAGGAUAGAUCAUUGUUUCCAAAGCAAAGAAGUUUCAGGUACAAACACCGCGGGAGAGGAACCGAAGCUCUCCCUAAGGCCAUCCUAAACCGUAGAAAGGCUCAUAAAUAUUGGGUUUGGGGACUUUCCUCUGCUGCACUUGCUUGCGCACUCUUUCUCGUGGUUUUACUUCUAAGGUAAAGUGAGAAAAGGAAAGAGACAUUGAAAGGUCUUGUGACUUUGCCUAAUUGGAGAGAUGGAGUGAGUGAAGGAAGAGCUGCAAAGUUAGCGGUUAGUUUCUUUAUAAUAGGUUCAUAACCUUUAGAUAUUAUUUUAUUAGUCAAUGUUUCUGUCUCUUUGGAGAGUUGUCUGAAAAAAAAAAAAAACAUCCUAAUUGUGAGUAAGAGCUUCUAAGAGUCCAUAGAGAGAUCUCAUGUUGUCUUGAUGUGAACAUUGUGGAUUGAAUCCACUUUAUAGUUAGUCAAGAUCCUUGACUAAUUACAUAUAUCCUUAAAAAAAUUGCAAAUAAAAAUUAGCUUCUUCCA